AUGAGCGUGAACGCGAUACCGAUGGCCGACAGGCCUUUUCUGUCGGACUACACCGACGACCAAAACGACAUGGACGUGUUCACGUUCAUGUUUUUCGCCUGUUGCUUCGAACUGUUUUUGUUUAACCACAAACUGCUGUGCAUCCAACAGCGGGACAUUUUAAACACCAAAUUAAAAGCGAAAGUGGCGUCCAAGGCGGAAAAUGAUCAAGAUAAGUUCUUUGAAGUCCGCGAUUAUUUGGAACGGCUAGUGGAAGGGCUGGUGGACGGAGGCCUAGAUGACGUAUGCCUCACUCCCCUGUCCACCCACCCGCUAUACAUGUCAAUAUGUUGGAAGUACCACGAACAGUUGGCCACCACACUGACAGCAGCCAUACACUCCAUCAUAAACGAGUCUGAUGAGUUUGACGACAUUCCCAUAAAAUUAAAUACAAUUUUGGAAGAAGUGUCUUAUGACGUAGAACAUCUUCCAGAACUACAGGCUGCCCAGAAAAAGUGCGCUGUUCCAUUGGCGGAAGAUUUAAACGAAAAAAAUUACGAAGAUCUCUUGGCCACUGCUAUAUUAAACAAGAUUGUCGCCAACAGCCAGACAAAGAAAAAAGUCCCAGUUGCGAGGACUCGAAUUUCUAAAUUUCCUCCUAAGCAAACGGAUUCAAAUAAUCAGAAUUCGAAAAAACCGGAAGAGCCGCGGAGGACCCCUAGAGUGUCUUUAACUGUGGAAGAAUUCACGGAAGAGGUGACGACGACCAGUUAUAAUACAUACUCUGAUAUUGAAGGCGAUUACGACGAUGGGUACAACGAAGGAGACGAGGAAGACGAUGAAAGAUCGCAGUCGACCAUCGGAAUGUUCAUGUCGAACGCGAAAUUGCUUAGAGGGCACACGGCACCUUUGCCCGAAUUCGGGUCUGAUACAGUUGAGGACGGCAGCAGUACCAUCGAUCCCGACGAUCAAGGAAUAAGCGCCACGGUGGACUCGUGGGAAGACAAUUGGCUGUUCCAAAAGAAAAGGGUAAACCGGAUGUCCGGCUCCAAUAAUUAUCACCAUCAUCCCGUACCCGUUCCGAUGUUAGUGCCAAACCCGUCCGAAGUCACCAGGCCUCUAAUAGGCGAUCGUGAUGCCGACGAAACGUCCGAACUGUCCGACUAUUCGAAUUCGGCACUGGACGAGCUGCUAGAACUCUCUGAUUUCGAAUCGGAGCCGCUGCAGACGAAACGUUCGGACGUCGACACAAACUCCACCGACGGUGGAAUUUUACUGUUCGAAGGCCCUAGCAGCGAGGAGGACAACCCUCUCAUCUGGGAUCCCGUAGUGGAGGCUUGCAACAAGCACGUCGCACUUUCCCAAGUAGAUUCCGGUCAAGGUUCAAUGGAUCAUCAGAGGGAUUUUGAUCAUUCUAUAGAAGUCAACGAAAAACCGGUGCCUAGGCCAAGGUCUAGUUUAAUGUUAAGUGCCACCGACAGCAGUGAAGUCAACUCGGUGUCGUCUGAAGAAGUGAAUGUCGCACAAGAAGACGAGGAGUUACCUCCCAGGCCAGGUACGAUAGCAGAACGAGAACAUUCUAAGUGGGAAAAGGCGACGCCUCUGACGAACAACCCGUACUCCGCCGAGAACAUCGAAAAGCGCAAGUACAAGACGUUGUUCGGCAGCAGGAGCAGUAGCGAGGCAUCACUGAAUUUAAUCAAUGGAAACGACACGUCCAGCCCGUUGAAAAUCGUCUGCAGCCCCUCGUUACCGGACGAGCAGCGGUAUGGUCGAGAUUACUACAUCAAUCAGUCCGGGGAAUUGAAAGCCAGACAAAAACAGACCAAGGUGUCCAAACUGGUAGUACAGAUCGGCGAAGGCGAACUCGAAGGUGACGGGCGGCGAACUGACGGCGCACUCCUGGACUCCACGCCGGUCACCCCUCAAUCGACGUCCAGUGGCGACUCGUUAGCGCCCUUUGGCACUUUCGGCGGCCAAGACAAACUGGUUCGGGUGAGCUCGUGGACGGACCGACGGGAGAGCGGCAGCGGCGUCCCUAAGAGUUCCAUCGCGGAAUCGGCAGACGAUGUGCACCACUGUAUGCCUUCGGUCAGAGAACUGGCCAAACAGUUUUCGUCCAACAACUCUGAAAACACAAGCAAGAACCCGAGCAGACAAGUGCACAGUUUGACGGCCAGGAGCCUCAGUCGAGAGUACCGCGAAGGAUUGGGAUUGAAAGUGCGCGAUAAAAGCGGACACGCCGUACAGGACUCCGACGACAGCGGCAACGGAUCUGCCAAGUCUGAGGACGCCAACACGGUCGACCACCGACACCUGUUGCAGCUGGCCUAG